AUGAAGAGCUCCUCAACGACUCGACUCGAACAAGAAGGAGAGAACGAUCCUUCUUCACGGGAGCAUGUUUCAUUGCAUACUGCUUCCAUUCCACCCCAUCCACUUUCUCAUCAUCAACAACAGCAACAACAUGAACCUUUUGAGGAUUGUAUGGAAUCAUCUUCUCAAUUGUCGAAUACAGUUUUGGAUGAUGGUGCUUUUCCUCUUUCCAACAUGCUUACUCUCCAUCAUCCAGCUUCUUCGUCCCCUCUGGUACCGAGCAUGUACCAGACGAUCGUACUUCCACAGGAUGAAAUCAUCCAUCCAUCACAACACAUGCAUCAUCAUCAUUAUCAUCCUCAGAUACAUGAAACACAUGUGUCGGAUUCUAGCAAGAGUCCUCAAGGAACAUUGAAACAAGGACGUCCUCGACAUCAUUCACUUCCGAAUUAUUCAGAAACACAUGCAUCGCAUGGGUUUCUUCCUCCCCUUCCUUCGUUCUUUUUAUAUAUGGAAGAGUCUUUGGAUGAUUUAUUAGCAUUGAAUUUAGAAUAUUAUCGACCACGAGUGAUGAACGAAUUGAGGGAAUUAAGGCUCAUGGAGUCCAAAGAAGAAUCUUCAACCAUUGUUUCCCAUCCUCCCAAUGAAGUCAUUAUCGACCAAGGGAAUGUGUCUUCUUCUCUUUUUGAAUCGAAUCCAUCCUCACAGCACGAAUCUACUGUGAUGAAUCCCAUGUCCUCCCCGUUGUUGCAUACUAGUACUAUUACUUCAAAGAGCUCGAGCUUGAGCAGUGGAAAUGGGGAUUGGAGGUUUGCACACGAUUCAAAUUUGUUUCAUUCCAAUGAAUCAUCAUUCCCUAGUGGUGUCGAACCUCAUGUGGUACAUGCCAGAAAAUCCUCCAUUCAUUCAACCUCAUCAUCGAAUUCACAAAUAGGUACCACCUCGAACCCAAUGAACAUUGCUGUGUUGCACCAUUCACAUCUCAGGGAGAACCAAUUACAGCCUGGAAGGAAUCAUCAUGUCAAUACCAUUUCCAUGCAUUCAAAUCAUGGACAGCAACAACAACCACAGAACACGAGUCAUGGCUCGAGUGGAGCUUUCUUUCAUUAUAGAAAUUUUGUCUCGCCUUCACCAAAUUCCAGCGUUGGCAGUUCAGCAACAAAUUCCACACAUUCGGAAUUGACUUUGAACGAAGCGAAAAAUCAUCCUCGAAGAAAACCAAAAGGUUAUGAUCAUAUGGUGAAACAAUUUACAUUGAAUGCACAACCAAAACCAAAAGACUCUGAUUCUAGAAAAUGA